AUUGUUACUACCUUAAUGCCCGGAUUCAAGCCUCACAAUCGGGUAUUUAAAUAUACGGCUCAACUUGUUGUAGGGUUUCAAACUUAUGGUGGUUCACGAGAAUGUGCUCGCAAGGUUUCGUCAGCUAUGGCGGAUGAUGGAAGUCCUCAAGUGCACAAGUCUUGCCGAGCAUUGGCUCUGAGUCUGGUCAAAUGCCUCGAUGAGUCUGCUUGCAUUAAGGAAAACAAACGGUCUUACAAGGAUUGUGCAUUAGAUAAAAACUUGACGGCAUCGUCUACGUGUAAAGACAUUCGCGACAACUACAUGAAAUGCAAACACGAGCAGGUUGGCAUUGUCGUACGAGAGCGGCUCCUUAACAAUCCUGAAUUAUUUAGGUUUGUGUAGUUCAAAGUACUCAGUUUUGUGCUUUGCGUGGUCGUGAUCUCGGUGGAAUUUUUGGCAUGGCAUUGGUUCAUUUACUUUCUGAGACAUUUAAUUGCUACGUUUUUGUUGACAAUCGUCCAUGCCUGGUGUUUCCCCAACGCAAUUGUUGUAAGUGCAAAUAAGUUCGCACUUUUGAUGAAUUUGAUCUCACUUUUUUUGAACUAUUGAA